AUGAAAAGAAGACAAGUAAAAAUAAGAUGCAAGGCAAAAGGGUGUAAUUCCCAGUUCAACAGUGACUAUCGCCUCCAACACAAUAGAGAGAAACAUGAAGGCAAAAAUGUGCCAUAUGAAACCGCAGGUGCAGUUAAAAACCCUUUCGAAGCAGCUAAACGCAAGAAAGAUAAUCCAAUUGAAGAAAAAGAUUCAUCUUCUUCAUCUUCAUCUGAGAAGAUAUUGGAUGACAAAACCGAAGAGAUUGGGUUAGCGAAUUCUGCAAAAGAAGAAUCAGUAUCUAAUAUUAGUAAUGUUGUUGGUGAGAAUGUGGUUGAUGAGGAGAGCGAGAGUGAGGCUGAAAACUCCGAAAACGAUGACACCGAUGAUGAAAAUGAUGAUUAUUGGAUUAGCUGUGCGGGAAAGCUCAAGCAUCUGCUAUCCACUUUGGAGCAAAGAGGUAAUUUGACGUUAAACAUUCUAACACAACCAUGUACCCCAAAUAUCGAAGAGUUUGCGAUAUCUGCAAAAGAGUUUGCCAACGAGAUUAAAACCCAGUGUAAUGAUUUAGAAAAAUCUGCUGAACGACUUAAAGUCAAAAUUGACAGGCAAAAAGGAUCUGUACAACCUGGAGAAGCAGCAGCACUAAUAGAACACGACCCUGGAAAAAGAAAAAAAGAUUUGUCGGAUAGCCAACGCCGUUUUGUGAUAAACCUAGGUCCCUACCAGCCUCGCUUGACAGUUUAUCCAAGUAAUGCAUUCAUUGAAUCUGGUAAACAAAAUAAGUUUUCAAGCACCUGGUUCAAAGAUUUUCCACAUCUUGAAUAUAGCGUUCAAAAUGACGCAGCAUUUUGCUAUGUUUGUUCCUUAUUUCCAAACGGCGCUGGAAGACCCUCUUCAGAUGCUUCAUGGACUAUUAAUGGCGUUAGACAGUGGCACAAAAUGAAGAGUGUUGGAAAAGGAAAGAAGGGCAAGCUGAUACAGCAUUUCACCAGCCAAAGUCACAGAGAAGCAUUACGAGAUUUUGCAAGAUUCACUAACCCACAUCAGAACGUUGAUGCACUUUUGGAUUUGUCUCGUCGUCAUGAAAUGAUUAAAGAAACUGACGACGCAAUGUUUAACACCAAAAUUAUGUUAAUAUUAUGUGAUGCUGCUCGCACCAUGGCUAUGCAGGACCUUGCAUAUUGUGGAAAUACUGACGAAUCCAGCAACUUUCAUGAGAUUGUGAAGUUAAUCAGUCGACAUUGCGGCAUUUUGAAAUACUGGCAGAACCAAACAAGGAUGCGACCAUACCAUGUUACCUAUAUGAGCAAAGACACCCAAAAUGAGUUGAUAAAGUUGCUAGGUGACGCAGUGAGGCAUCGUAUGGUGAAGGAGCUAGAGGAAGUCUCAGCGUUCUCAGUAAUGGCUGAUACUACCCCGGACACAAGCAAUAAAGAUCAGAUGGCAAUUGUUGUAAGAUACGUCGUCAAUGCCAAGCCGGUUGAGCGUUUACUGUGUCUGAGGAUUCUCAAAGACAAGUCCGGAGAAGGCCAUGCUGCAGAAAUUUUGAAAGCUCUCAAUGAGUGUAGUGUGGACCCACAAAAACUCGUCUUUCAAUCGUACGAUUUUGCGUCAUGUAUGUCUGGAAAGUAUAAAGGAUGCCAACGAGUGCUAAGUGAUAAAAUUCAAGAAGAUUUUCCACACAAAAAGGAAAUCCUUUACAUCCCAUGCCAGGCUCACAGGCUGAGUACAUAUGUAGAACGAAGCUCCAAAGCAAGCAGUCUUGUAUCAUCGAUGUUUGACAUAUUACAGUCAUUGUACACAUUCUUUUCUAGUAGCACCAAGCGAUCUGAAGCACUUGAAAAAGCACAAGUUGAAAUAGAAGGGGCCUUGAAGAUGCGAAAUCUUUCGCAAACUCGUUGGAUUGCUAGAUCUGAAUCUAUUGACAGUGUCUGGAUCUCUUUGACAGUAAUCGUCUCGCUGCUCGAGCAGAUAAUGGAUAGACAACUUGACUGUGACAAAAACACACAGGAUCAAGCCAAAGCAAUUUUGAAGAAAAUGAAAACAUUUGAUUUUGUUUUCAGCUUGGCUACUAUGAGAUUCAUAAUGCGGCGCUGUAAGGUUCUGGUUGUGCAACUUCAGGAAGAGGGUUUGAAUUUACUCGACGCACUUGAGCUAGUGUCAUCGACAACUAGGGCGUUAGAAAAGAUUCGAAAUGAAGAUGACGUGCAAAAGCAGAUUGAAGCUGCCACACAAAUUGCAAUGCACAUGGGAAUAAAUCCAGAAGAGGAGUUUCAGCACCGCCACAGAAGAAGAUUGAUUCCAAGAAGAAUUGAUGAAAACCGAGACAACGAGGAGGCAUUCUCCUUCCAGACGUUUUAUUCGAAAGAGAUUUAUUCUGUACUUGAUCAGAUAAUUACAGAUUGUAAAGAAAACUGGGGUAGCAUUUUGAAGAAAAUAAAGCCGUUCAGUGUUUUGUUGCCUCCUUGGGAUAACUUAAGGGAAGAACAAGCAGAGGAUCUGGAGCAUUUGUUGUCGGGGAAAGUUUCAAGUGGCAGUCUUUUUGCAGAGCUUACUGUUUUGAGAGAGGACUUCCAAGAGAAAAAGUUGGUGAAGAGCAUGACAGUCCGUGAAAUUGCAAAGUUCGUAUAUAGUCGAAGGCACAUUUAUCCGGCAAGCAACACAGCAUAUACAUUCCUUCAAACAGCACCAAUUACUGUGGCUUCAAAUGAAAGAUCUUUUAGCAAACUAAAGUUGGUGAAGACUAAGCUGCGGAGCACAAUGCUCCAGGACCGCCUGGAAUCUCUGAUGCUGAUAUCAUGCGAGAAGGAUUUCUCUGAAAAUGUCAACUUGGAAGAUGUUGUCAAGAACUGGAUACAUUUAAAAAACAGAAAAGUUCGAUUUGACACUACUUAA